AUGAAAUUCCUUAUCUGCUUCGCUCUCUUCGUUGCUGCUGCUAGCGCUCAUGUUGUGGCUCCCGUAACCACCUAUGCUGCUGCUCCAGCUUAUACCACUUAUGCUGCUGCCGCUCCAGCAUACACCACCUAUGCUGCCGCACCUGCUUAUACCACCUAUGCUGCUGCAGCUCCAGUUUAUACCCGCUCCUUGUACUCAGCUCCUGCUGCCUAUACCACCUACUCGGCCCCAGCUGUUGUUUCAACUCAUUCUGCUGCUGUUGUUGCUCCAGCUGCCCCCGCUGUCUACACCACUUUGUUGAAGAAGAAGGUGGAAUUUCAUUACGCUCCAUUGCAAAGAACAAUCUUCAAAACACCACUCAAAAUGAAAUUCCUUAUCUGCUUCGCUCUCUUCAUUGCUGCUGCCAGCGCUCAUGUUGUGGCUCCCGUGACCACCUAUGCUGCUGCUGCUCCAGCUUAUACCACUUACGCCGCCGCAGCUCCUGCUUACACUACAUAUGCUGCUGCCCAUCCUGCCUAUACCACUUAUGCUGCUGCUGCUCCAGUUUAUACACGCUCCUUGUAUUCUGCUCCCGCUGCAUAUACUACCUAUUCGGCACCUGCUGUAGUUUCAGCACCCGCUGCUGCUGUUGUUGCCGCCCCAGCUGUCCCCGCUGUCUACACCACUUUGUUGAAGAAGAAGUGAAUUCUUUGAAAUUGGAACGAUUUAAUGAAAAUGAUCCCAUAACAAUGGUGUCCAA